GGGGGGCGGUAGAGAGCAUGGGCAUCUGAGAACUGCGAGAGUUUACUGCUUAGAAGAAGAAGACCCUCACUCUUCCACGUGAGAACGAGCAGCAUGUCGCCACCGAGUGGGAAGAUAAACAGACCAAAAACUGUGAGUAAAUAUGAUUUAUGAUAAAGUGUAGCAUUUUAUUACCACAGAGAAAAAACACUAUGUUUAAUUUCGGCUGUUCUAUAAGCGGAAGCAAGCAGUUAGCAUACAGAGCUAACGUAAACACUUCGACAGUCAGCUGAAGUUUGUCUCUUUUCAAUGUUGUUUAUAUUUUAAUCCUUUAUUCUGUUUAAGGAGUUAUCGUAUGAUACAUGGCAAGUAUAUUGCCAUGUAUGUCAUUAAAAAUGUCAACACUGAAACCUUGAUAUUUCUUGAUCGUUUUUAGGAUAUUUCUUGAAUGUUCACCUAAAUUUAACUUCCCGUGAUUUUUGUAGUGCUUUUUAUGUCUUGAGUUUGGGAUCAGCCUGUGACUAGUUCAGACAACUGAAAAGCUUUUUAUAUAUACAUAUAUAUAUCUGCACCAUUUCUUUUUUUUAUUUGCUGCGUGCUUCGGUUUCUUUUUUCUUUUUUCUUUUUUUUUUGCAUCAGUAACCUCCGUUCUGACUUCUUUUUCAUUUUUUGCUUUCUUUUUUUAUUUGCAGCAGUGGUGGUCCUCGGCCACCGUACAAAAUAAUUAAAUUCCAUCAUUAACAUGUAUUAAUUUAGUGCAGCAGAAUUUAACGUUGGACCACUUAAUUACAGAGUUAGUCUAAAGUUCCAUGUUCAGCACUACAUUGAGAACGUGAACAUGUAGUUUAAGCUCCUGUUAUAACAGUUUUUUGUUUCUUUUUGUGUAUCAGGAGUUGGGAAAGAAGCUGUUUAAGCGGCGGCGUGUCCUGGGCAGAGAAAAGAGGAAGAAAAAUCAGAUCGUGGGAGCGGUGGUGGAUCAGGGUUUGAUCACAAUCCAUCACUUGAAGAAGAGGAAGUCAGUCUUUGUCUCUCAGAUAAUUCUGAUCUGAUUUAAUUUCACAUCACAGCUCAAGUGUUUGUUUUAUGCUGUCUUUCUGUUUCAGGUCGAGUCCUCGGGCGAACAUCACUCUGUCCGGGAAGAAGAGGAGGAAGCUGCUAAAACAGCUGCAGCACAUGCAGCAGGAGAAAGCCGGGAUGGACGGUAAAAUCAGCACACACAUUUUACUGAAGAGUCAGAAAGUUUUGUCAGAGAAGGAAGAAAGAGAGAGGAAACACUGCUGUGGCUGAAAAUUCAAUUUUACAGGAUAAAUCUGCCCCUAAAACUGCCUUAUUUAAUGAAGCAGCACCUCUCGGUCUGAAAAAUAAUAAGGUUUUUUAAAAUGGAAUUGGGCAUGAGCCGCCAUGAGAGUCUGGUAGAAAGAUAACCAUCAUUAAAAAAUUUUGCAAACUCUGAAAAUGUGUUAUUCUGAACUGUGACUCUAUGUAAGAAAAGCACUGUUAUAUACACUCUGUUGUAUUUUCUAAUCACUUUUAGAACAUCUCAAACAGUUGUAAACAUGUAUGUGAAGUCAUAAACUUAAAAGAAGUCAUUGGAUGAUAGAUUUCUUCAAAACCACGCACACUACUGCUGCUGCUGCUUUGAUAGUUAUCUCAAAUACUAAGCAGACUGAGAGCAGAUGCAAAAUUAAGCUCAGCCUAAUUAGAAUCAUACUACACCUAUGAUGAAAACUAACAGUCCUCAUUUCUGGUGCUGAUAGUUAAAUGAAAAAUCGGAGAGAUUAAAUCUUUUGUGUUCUGUCAGAGUAAGCGGUUGUUGAUGUUCUGUCCCUUCCCUAAAAACCUCUAACACCCCCUGUUGUUGCCUCGCUCUUCAGUUGAAGCACCAGCUGCACCACAACAGAUAAAACAGGAAACAUCAACCGCCCCAACCAAGACAAAGAAGAAGAAGAACAAGAAGAAGAAGAAGGGCGGUUCAGCUGGAGCGCAGGAGGAUGUAGAGAUGGGGGACGCUGAAUGACGGGGUGACUCUGUCUCUCUUGUUCCUCUGAUGAGUUUUGAGAGACUCAAUUAUAUGUGGACUCUGAGAUACUGACCUGUUCUCUGGUUUUUGUCUGUUUGCUUCAAAUAUUCAGAAAAGUGAGGCAGAUGUUUAUCGAAAGGAACGUAAAGAUAAACCAAAUAUUCUGAUCAUUGUUUCAGUCAAGCACAGUGUUCAGUGAAAAUAUAAAAAUUCUGUCAGAGUUGUUGUUUCAGUGCAAAUAUAACAUAUCUGAUAGGUAACUUAAUUCAGUCAAAGUCAAAAACAUUACAUUGUGUCCCACUCCCUCAAAAUGUAGAAACCGUGAAUAUAAUUCACUGUUUAAUAGUACAUGUCCUUUUAGUCAAAGCUACUGCAGAAAAAGUGAUUAAUGUCUUGCUUGUAAUUUUGAUGUGAGGACUCAGUUUUGCUUUAUUUCAUGAUCUUGAUUUAAAACUUGAAUUUUUAGGUCAGACUUGAACUGUCUGUGUGUAUCUCAUUUCUGUUUCAAAUGUGUUCCUUAUGCCACAAGACCCGCAAACUCUUAAAAAAUGUAGAAUUAACAGUGAAAACUGAUAACAUGACAUUACCACAUUAGAAUACUUAUUAAACAGUUUAUCAGUUAUCACAAAUAA